GUUAUAAAUCUACCCCUCAUGCUUCAAGAACCAUUUGUAGACGCACUGGAGUUGCUUCCUACAAAGAAGCAUAUAAACAGUAACUCAGAGUACUUGAAAUGGGAGGGAUACGUUAUUUUGCGAUUAUAAUCAUAGGCGUUUUAGGAUUUUUGGGUUCUACACAAGCUCAACUGCAGUUGGGUUUUUACUCUAAGAGCUGCCCAAGAGCCGAGAAGAUUAUCCAAGAUUUUGUUAACAAGCAUAUCCAUAAUGCUCCAUCAUUGGCUGCUGCCCUCAUAAGAAUGCACUUCCACGACUGCUUUGUCAGGGGCUGUGAUGGAUCCGUGCUUCUGAACUCAACGUCGAGCAACCAAGCUGAAAAGGAAGGUGGUCCAAAUCUAACACUCAGAGGUUUUGACUUCAUCGACAGAGUAAAGAGCCUUCUUGAAGCUGAAUGUCCUGGCAUAGUCUCUUGUGCAGAUACAAUUGCUUUGGUUGCAAGAGAUUCUGUCGUGGCCAUAGGAGGACCAUCUUGGACAGUUCCAACUGGUCGAAGAGACGGGACAAUCUCUUUGUCAUCAGAAGCACAGAGCAACAUCCCACCUCCAACUAGCAACUUCACAAACCUCCAAAGACUAUUUGGAAACCAGGGUCUUGAUUUGAAAGAUUUGGUCUUGCUCUCUGGUGCUCACACCAUUGGCGUCUCUCAUUGUUCAUCCAUCUCUAACCGACUGUAUAAUUUCACCGGGGUGGGCGAUCAGGACCCUGCUCUGGACAGUGAAUAUGCUGCAAAUCUCAAGGCAAGGAAGUGCACAAAUCCUAAUGAUAAUACCACAAUUAUUGAGAUGGACCCUGGAAGCCACAGGACUUUUGACCUUAGCUACUACACUCUCCUGCUAAAGAGAAGGGGCCUAUUCGAAUCGGAUGCUGCUUUAACUUCCAACGCUACUACAAAGUCUUACAUCACCCAACUGCUUCAAGGACGGCUUGACAAUUUCUACGCUGAAUUUGCCAAGUCCAUGGAGAAAAUGGGUCGGGUCGACGUUAAGACUGGGAGUGUCGGUGAGAUUAGAAAGAACUGUGCAGUGAUUAAUAGUUAAGAGGGUAAAAUGUCUUGUCUACGUAAGUUUCAAAUUGUUUGUUUGUUGUGUGCUUUCAUCGUAGUUGUUUUGCGAAUAAACAGGACCCCGUUCUGGUGCCCGUUUCCAUUAUUUAGAGAGAAAAACAGUUACGAAAAUAAUAAUUCUAAAUUAUAAAAUCU